AAGCGUCAGCUUGUCAGGGCACUUCAGUCCCGGCGUACACGCUGCGCCUCAGCGCCCGAGCGCCAAGUGUGUCCACUGGAAAGAACCGACAUUCUUCUUAGUUAGUUUUCUCAUCUGAACUCCACAUGACUCGGCCGGCUGGGAGGACUAGUUGAGUGUCCUUGGUUAAGGUUUUAACUUUCUUAAAGUUUUCGACUGUUAACUGGAUCGUCACUGCCCCCUUUGCUCCACUUUUUUCCAAUUUUUUCUUCUUUUUUCUGGUUUUCCACUCAGUUUUGAGCUAUAAAAGGGCGGCACCAUGAUGAAUAACGGCAGCUACUUCGAGCCGCAGCCACCGCUGUUUUACCAGGGCACGGACCUCGGGGACGAGGAGGAAGAGGAGAUGCCUGCCACCGAGAAAGACCUGGCGGAGGACGCGCCGUGGAAGAAGAUCCAACAGAACACGUUCACCAGGUGGUGCAACGAACACCUCAAGUGCCUGAACAAGCGCAUCAAUGACCUGCAGAAAGACCUGAGCGACGGCCUCAAGUUGAUCGGACUGCUGGAGGUGCUGAGUCAGAAGAAGAUGUAUCGGAAGUACCACGCCAGACCAAACUUCAGGCAGAUGAAGCUGGAGAACGUGUCUGUGGCGCUGGAGUUUUUAGAAAGGGAACACAUAAAGCUCGUGUCUAUAGAUUCUAAAGCCAUUGUAGAUGGGAACCUAAAGCUAAUCCUGGGUCUAAUAUGGACCCUGAUCCUUCACUACUCUAUCUCCAUGCCCAUGUGGGAUGAUGAAGAUGAUGAAGAUGCCAAGAAGCUAACCCCAAAACAGCGUCUGCUGGGCUGGAUCCAGAACAAAGUGCCUCAACUCCCCAUCACUAACUUUCACCGAGACUGGAGGGAUGGAAAGGCCUUGGGAGCUCUGGUGGACAACUGUGCACCAGGUUUAUGUCCAGACUGGGAAACAUGGGAUCCCAGUCAGCCUGUGGAGAACGCCAGAGAGGCCAUGCAGCAGGCUGAUGACUGGCUUGGAGUGCCACAGGUCAUUGCUCCUGAAGAAAUUGUUGAUCCUAAUGUGGAUGAGCAUUCAGUCAUGACCUACCUGUCCCAGUUCCCCAAAUCUAAAUUAAAGCCUGGUGCUCCACUGAAGGCAAAGACACUUCACCCCAAAAGGGCCAAAGCUUAUGGGCCAGGUAUUGAGCCACUAGGAAAUAUGGUUUUGAAACCUGCUGAAUUUUUAGUUGAAACUGUGGAGGCUGGACUGGGAGAGGUUAUAGUCUAUGUAGAAGACCCAGAAGGACACACCGAAGAGGCCAGAGUCAUCCCAAACAAUGACAAGAGCAGGUCCUAUUCUGUGGUAUAUCUGCCCAAAGUUGAGGGACUACAUAAGGUAAAGGUGUUGUUUGCUGGACAAGACAUAGACAGAAGUCCUUUCAUGGUUACAGUUUCAAAAGCAAUGGGUGAUCCUACCAGAGUCCAGGCUCGUGGGCCGGGACUUCAGCCGGCGGGCAAUGUGGCCAACAAGCCCACAUACUUUGACAUUUACACAGCAGGGGCCGGAGCUGGAGAUGUGGGUGUUAUUAUUGUGGACUCUAAUGCACGCAGGGACACAGUGGAGAUAGUUCUGGAGAACAAAGGGGACAGUAUUUUCCGCUGCACCUAUGUUCCUGUUUUGGAAGGUGCUCACACAGUUUAUGUGACUUUUGCUGGACAACAGAUUCCUAAAAGUCCAUACACUGUUCAUAUCUCUGAAGUUUCACAGAGAAGCCCCUCAGCUGGGUCCCCUGUGCAGGCUAUGCCUGAGUCUGUGCGCACUCCACCCGCAGACAAGACCCGAAGAGCUCCCCCUCCAACCCCUCCCAAACCCAGGCGACCAACUUGUAAUCCAAAUGCAUGUCGGGCGUCUGGCAGAGGCCUGCAGCCAAAGGGUGUGAGGGUUAAAGAAGUGGCAGAUUUCAAAGUUUACACAAAAGGAGCUGGUAGCGGCGAGCUCAAUGUCACUGUGAAAGGACCAAAGGGGCUGGAUGAACCGGUCAAGGUAUUGGAGUUGGAGAAUGGGUUGUAUGAGUGUAACUAUUACCCUGUCAACACGGGCAAAUACAUAGUUACAAUCACCUGGGGAGGACACAGCAUACCACGCAGCCCGUUUGAGGUGCACGUCAGUGAGGAGGCUGGCCCUCAGAAAGUACGUGCUUGGGGUCCUGGUCUGGAAACAGGCAUGGUGGGAAAAAGUGCUGACUUUGUGGUAGAAGCCAUUGGUAUGGAGGUUGGAACGCUUGGUUUCUCCAUUGAGGGGCCAUCUCAAGCCAAGAUAGAGUGUGAUGAUAAAGGGGAUGGCUCAUGUGAUGUGCGCUACUGGCCCACUGAAGCUGGGGACUAUGCUGUUCAUGUCAUAUGUGACGAUGAGGACAUUAAAGACAGUCCCUUCAUGGCACAUAUUCUCCCAGCUGCUUCCAGCAUCUUUCCAGAAAAGAUAAAUUGCUAUGGCCCAGGUCUGGAACCGAUAGGCUGCAUUGUCAACAAACCUGCUGAUUUUACUAUUGAUACACAUGGAGCUGGUGGAGGAGAACUGAAGUUGUAUGCACAGGAUGCAGAAGGUUUUCCAAUUGACAUCCAGAUCACAGAUAAUGGUGAUGGCACCUACUUUUGUGUCUACAUUCCUACAAAGCCUAUUAAACACACAAUAAUCAUAACAUGGGGUGAAGUCAAUGUCCCCAGAAGUCCCUUCAGGGUGACUAUUGGUGAAGGCAGUCACCCAGAGAAUGUGAAAGUGUAUGGUCCAGGGGUUGAACAGUUUGGACUAAAGUCUAAUGAGCCGACUUAUUUCACUGUGGACUGCAGUGAGGCUGGACAAGGUGAUGUCAGUAUUGGGAUUAAAUGUGCUCCCGGGGUGGUUGGUCCUAUAGAGGCUGAUAUCGACUUUGACAUAAUUAAAAAUGACAACGACACAUUUACUGUGAAGUAUAUACCCCCGGGUCCUGGACAAUACACCAUUAUGGUUCUGUUUGCUGAUCAGGAAAUCCCAGUUAGCCCUUUCAGAAUAAAGGUAGAGCCUUCUCACGAUGCAGCAAAGGUCAGAGCUGAAGGACCAGGACUCAACAAGACGGGAGUUGAAGUAGGAAAACCGACUCACUUUAACAUUUACACAAAAGGAGCAGGAAAAGCUACACCUGAAGUUUACUUUUCUGGGACAGUUAAGAGUGAAGCUGUGCGUGACUUUGAGAUAAUUGACAAUCAUGAUUACUCUUACACUGUCCGUUACACUGCUAUUCAACAGGGUAACAUGUCUAUCACAGUAUGUCAUGGUGGAGACCCUAUCCCUAAGAGCCCAUUCAACAUCACUGUGGCUCCUCCUCUUGACCUCAACAAGGUCAAAGUCCAGGGUCUAAAUAACAAAGUGGAUGUUGGGAAGGAUCAGGAGUUCACAGUUUGCACUAGAGGAGCUGGAGGUCAAGGGAAACUAGAUGUCAAAAUAACUUCUCCAUCGCGACGGCCAAUCCCGUGCAAACUUGAGUCUGGCACCAGCAAUGAAAUGUACACAAUAAAUUACAUCCCACCAGAGGAGGGCACCUAUAGAGUGGACAUCUCUUAUGAUGGGAACCCAAUUCCUGGUAGCCCAUUUCCUGUGGAAGGUGUCAUGCCUCCAGACCCUUCAAAGGUGCGAGCCUAUGGUCCUGGACUUGAAGGUGGCGUGGUGGGUAAACCUGCACCAUUUGCCAUUGACACAAAAGGGGCUGGAACAGGGGGUCUUGGUCUGACAGUGGAGGGGCCAUGUGAAGCUAAGAUUGAAUGUCAGGAUAAUGGAGAUGGGUCCUGCUCAGUGUCCUACCUGCCCACUGAGCCUGGAGAAUACUCCAUCAACAUAUUGUUUGCAGACCAGCACAUCCCUGGGUCCCCUUUCAAAGCAACUGUGCUGCCAGCGUUUGACCCCAGCAAGGUGACCGCCAGUGGUCCGGGUCUGGAGCGGGGAAAAGUCAACGAGGAUGGCUUCUUCACUGUGGACUGCUCAAAAGCUGGAGACGCAGAGCUCACCAUUGAGAUCAUCUCAGACUCUGGGGCCAAAGCUGAGGUCCAUGUGCAGAACAACAGCGAUGGCACCUACUCCAUCACAUACAUCCCACAGUUUCAGGGAAUGUACACCAUUACCAUCAAAUAUGGAGGACAGUCUGUGCCAAACUUCCCCACACGACUGCAGGUGGAUCCAGCCGUUGACACCAGCGGCGUCAUGGUGUACGGGCCAGGAGUCGAACCUAGAGGCCUCUUGAAGGAGGUGACCACACAUUUUACUGUAGAUGCAAGAGUUAAUUGCAAAACAGGGGGAAACCACAUUAAGGUGGGCAUCUCGAAUCCCUCAGGCAUCACCACAGAUGCCUUCAUUACAGACAAAGGUGAUGGCACCUACAGAGUGGAGUAUACGCCAUAUGAAGAUGGUUUGCAUCUUAUUGAAGUAUUGUAUGAUGACGUGCCAGUGCCCAACAGUCUGUUCAGAGUUGUAGUCACUGAGGGUUGUGACCCCAGUCGAGUGCGUGCUUAUGGCCCUGGUCUGGAAGAGGGACUUGUGAACAAACCAAACCGUUUCACUGUGGAGACAAGGGGGGCUGGCACUGGAGGUUUGGGCUUAGCCAUUGAGGGUCCCUCUGAAGCAAAGAUGUCAUGUAAGGACAACAAAGACGGCAGCUGCAGUGUGGAGUACAUCCCAUUUACCCCUGGAGAAUAUGACGUCAACAUUACCUUUGGAGGACUGCCUAUCCCUGGGAGUCCAUUUCGGGUGCCUGUGAGGGAGGUGGUGGACCCAAGUAAAGUCCGGUGCUCAGGUCCAGGACUUGGAAAUGGGGUCCGGGCCCAGGUUCCCCAGACCUUCACUGUUGACACCAGCAAAGCUGGGAUGGCCCCAUUAGAGGUUCUCUUGUAUGGGCCAACAGGUCUAACAGAACCAGUGAGCAUCACAGACAAUGGGGACGGUACUUACACAGUGAACUACACACCUGCCCUUGAUGGUCCAUACUCAGUGUGUGUCAAAUAUGCUGAUCAGGAAGUCCCUCGCAGCCCUUUCAAAAUAAAGACACUUCCUGCUCACGAUGCCAGUAAAGUUCGUGCUAGUGGUCCGGGCUUGAAUUCUUCAGGGGUCCCAGCCAGUUUACCUGUGGAGUUCACUAUUGAUGCUAGGGAUGCAGGCGAGGGACUGCUCACUGUUCAAAUACUGGAUCCUGAUGGGUGCACUCGUGAAGCCUCUGUUUAUGUGGAGGACUGGGGCAGGAGGGUGUGGGAGACUCAUAUAGCAAAAGGCACCAUCCCCUUCCAUAUUCUUAAGAAAGGCAGUGAUCCUGAGGGGAAACCUAAGAAGGCAAAUAUACGAGACAACCGGGAUGGGACCUAUACAGUCUUUUAUGUCCCUGACAUGACUGGACGCUACACCAUCACUAUCAAGUAUGGAGGAGAUGAGAUUCCAUAUUCACCAUACCGCAUCCAUGCCAUUCCCUCAGGAGAUGCCAGCAAAUGUCUGGUCACAGUGUCUAUCGGAGGACAUGGACCAGGUUCAGGAGUAAGCCCGACCAUUCAGAUAGGUGAGGAGACAGUCAUCACUGUGGAUGCAAAGGCUGCUGGGAAAGGCAAAGUGACUUGUAAAGUGUCCACACCUGAUGGAGCUGAGCUGGAUGUGGAUGUAGUUGAGAAUGCAGAUGGGACCUUUGACAUUUACUACACAGCACCAGAGCCUGGGAAAUAUGUGAUCACAAUCCGAUUUGGAGGGGAACACAUCCCCAACAGCCCCUUUCAUGUAGUGGCCUGUGAAACUAUCCCAAUGACUGAAGAACCAUGUGACAAGCUUCAAAUACCUCCGCCCUACUCUCCUUAUUUGGGCUUAUCCCCUUCAUGGGCCACUGAUGAUCCUGCCAGUGUUGUGGAUGGGAUGGACGCUGUGCUCCGCCCCUUCAGCCUAGUAAUUCCUUUCACUGUGCAAAAAGGAGAGAUCACGGGUGUUGUGCGGAUGCCCUCUGGUCGAACUGCCUGUCCCUACAUCACGGAUAACAAAGAUGGCACUGUGACUGUGAAAUACUCUCCUACUGAAAGGGGCCUGCACGAGAUGGACAUCAAGUAUGAUGGAAACCACAUCCCAGGAAGUCCACUCCAGUUUUAUGUGGAUGCCAUUAACAGUGGUCAUGUCACAGCAUAUGGUCCUGGUUUAAGUCAUGGUAUGGUAAACAGACCGGCUGCUUUCACUAUUGUUACCAAGGACGCAGGGGAAGGUGGUCUGUCACUGGCUGUGGAAGGUCCCUCUAAAGCAGAAAUCAGCUGUAAAGACAACAAAGAUGGAACAUGCACAGUUUCCUACUUGCCCACUGCACCCGGGGACUACAACAUUAUUGUCAAGUUUGAUGAUAAACACAUCCCAGGCAGCCCUUUUACUGCUAAGAUCACAGGAGAUGACUCUAUGAGAAUGUCUCAGCUGAACGUUGGCACAGCAACAGAUGUGUCCCUAAAGAUCACAGAGACAGACUUGAGCAGUUUGACCACAAGCAUUAGAGCUCCAUCUGGAAAUGAGGAGCCUUGUCUGCUCAAAAGACUGCCAAACCGCCACAUUGGCAUUUCUUUCACACCAAAAGAAGUGGGAGAACAUGUGGUGAGUGUGAAGAAGAAUGGGAAGCACGUGACCAACAGCCCAUUUAAAAUCAUGGUUGGACAAUCAGAGAUUGGUGAUGCAAGCAAGGUCAAAGUGUACGGCCAGGGCCUAGUGGAGGGCCACACUCUGGAGAUGGCAGAGUUCAUUGUUGAUACCAGAAAUGCAGGCUAUGGAGGUUUGGGGCUGUCUAUUGAAGGUCCUAGUAAAGUGGACAUUAACUGUGAGGAUGUGGAGGACGGGACGUGUAAAGUCACGUACUGUCCCACCGAGCCUGGAAACUACAUCAUUAACAUUAAGUUUGCUGACCAGCAUGUUCCAGGAAGUCCAUUCACAGUCAAAGUGUUUGGAGAGGGUCGGAUGAAGGAAAGCAUCACCAGAAGGCGACAAGCUCCUUCUAUUGCCACUGUGGGCAGCACCUGUGAUCUCAACCUCAAAAUCCCAGGAAACUGGUUUCAGAUGGUUUCAGCUCAGGAGCGUGUGACUCGGACUUUCACUCGCAGCAGCCACACAUACACACGCACAGAGCGCACAGAGAUCAGUAAAACUCGUGGAGGUGAGACCAAGAGGGAGGUCCGAGUGGAGGAGAGCACCCAGGUGGGAGGAGACCCAUUCAGGGAUGUGUUUGGAGACUUCCUGGGCCGUGAUGCUCUCAGUGGAUUCAGUGGGAUGCCAGCUGGUAGCAGACCACCGCUUCAGGAUGGUGAGGUGGCGAACCAGGAAAUGACAGCUCAGGUGACCAGUCCCAGUGGCAAAACUGAGGAGGCCGAGAUCAUCCGAGGAGAGGACAGCACAUACAGUGUCCGCUUCAUCCCUCAGGAAAUGGGACCUCACACAGUCAGUGUCAAAUACAGGGGGCAGCACGUCCCUGGCAGCCCCUUCCAAUUUACUGUAGGACCCCUGGGUGAGGGAGGGGCACAUAAAGUCCGAGCAGGGGGCACCGGUCUGGAUAGAGGAGUGGCAGGGAUCCCAGCGGAGUUCAGUAUUUGGACCCGAGAGGCAGGGGCUGGCGGUCUGUCCAUCGCUGUAGAGGGGCCCAGCAAGGCCGAGAUCACCUUUGAAGAUAGAAAAGACGGAUCAUGUGGUGUGUCCUAUGUAGUUCAGGAGCCUGGAGAUUAUGAGGUAUCUAUUAAAUUUAAUGAUGAGCACAUCCCAGAUUCUCCUUUUAUUGUCCCGGUCGCUACACUGUCAGACGAUGCCCGCCGCCUCACAGUAACCAGUUUGCAGGAGAUGGGAUUAGUGGUGGGUCAGGAAGCCUCUUUUGCUGUGCAACUGAAUGGAGUCAGAGGGCUAGUUGAUGCCAAAAUCCACACACCAUCUGGAGCUAUAGAAGAAUGUUAUAUAACAGAACUAGAUAAAGACCAGUAUGCUAUCAGGUUUGUCCCUCGAGAAAAUGGAGUCCAUUCAAUUGACGUGCGCUUCAAUGGCAGCCAUAUUCCUGGAAGUCCCUUUAAGAUCCGAGUAGGAGACUUAGGGCAGGUUGGUGAUCCAGGGAUGGUGUCUGCUUUUGGGGCUGGACUGGAGGGUGGGAUCACAGGUGUGGCAGCUGAGUUUGUCGUAAACACAUGCAAUGCGGGCGCAGGAGCUCUGUCUGUGACUAUUGAUGGGCCAUCCAAAGUGAAGAUGGACUGCCAGGAGUGUCCUGAAGGCUACAAGGUCUUCUACACGCCCAUGGCUCCAGGAAGCUACCUGAUCUCUAUUAAAUAUGGAGGACCUCAGCACAUUGUGGGUAGCCCAUUCAAGGCUAAAGUUACAGGGCCGCGUCUUUCUGGUGGCCAUAGUCUUCAUGAAACUUCUUCAGUUCUUGUGGAAACGGUUUCUAAGUCCUCAACAGUGGGCGGGGCUUUCAGCUCUUUGCCCAAAUUCUCUUCAGAUGCUAGCAAGGUCACCUCCAGAGGCGCAGGACUUUCAAAAGCUUUUGUUGGUCAGAAGAAUGCGUUUACAGUGGACUGCAGCAAAGCAGGUACAAACAUGUUGAUGGUUGGUGUGCAUGGGCCAAAGACGCCGUGUGAGGAGGUGUAUGUGAAGCACAUGGGCAACAGGAUGUACAAUGUCACCUACACUGUCAAAGAGCAGGGCAGCUACAUCCUCAUAGUCAAGUGGGGCGACGAGCACAUCCCAGGAAGCCCAUUUCAUGUUACUGUCCCUUAAAAAUCUGUUUUGGUCUUCUUCUGAGACCCAAUGAACUGUAUUUUGUUCUUCCCAUGGAGACGAUUGUUAAUACUGCUGUAGGACUGCUGCCUCAGUUUCAGACGCUGCACCGGUUUGUAGUGUCUGUCUGAUGGAAUUAAAAUGUGGAAGAGCAUUCAUCAAUUCACUCAUUUCAACACAAACCCUGUUUCCACAGCUACAAUACAAGCCUAUAUCAGCAUUCCUGUCACAAGAUGAAUUAAUUUCAUUUAACCAGCAACAGUGAAUGAUUGAGUAGAGGCAGUGACUACUCAUUAUAUGCGUAGUGAUAUUUGAGCUUGAUUGGGCUAAAAUAUUACGCAGCUUCAAACUAUUGCAGAUAAAUCAGAAAAUGUUCCUUAAUUUUUACAAACCUCUUCAACUGAAUGUGGUAAAACCUGUGUGUAAACCAAUGAUCCUGAGCUGUGACUUUGGUCAUCUAUUGAUUUUUUAUUGUAUUUAUUUUCAGAAUUUUUUUCUUGUUUCAUUAUUUUGACAGAAUGGUCUUAUAUGAAGAAUGUAAGCUGAAUUUUCUGCUGAGGUGAAAGCUGAUGACAAUUCAUUUUUUAAGCUAUAAGAAUACAAGUGUGCAGGGGCAUCACCUUAUUCUGGGAAAGUUGAAAUUGUGAUGUUGCAGCAGAAUUAUUAGAGAGUGACAUUUUAUAGUAAUUUUCUAUGUAUCAAAAUCUGUGAAUUGUUUGAUAUACAACUUUGAGUCUGGUGAGAUUGUGCAGGCAUAAUAAAGGGUAUUUGCUUACUAAAA